AUGGUUAAAUCUAGUAACAAAAAUAGAAAAGAUAUUAAUACAUUGUAUCUAUGUCAAUUGUGUGGUUUCAUUUUACGAGAACCUUGUCAACUUUUAUGUGAUCAUCGUCUAUGUAAAAUUUGUACAGAAAAUACUAAAGGGAAUAUUAUCAAAUGUACGCAAUGUGAUGAAGAAACACCAAAACACAAAAUAAAGAUUGAUCAAGGUUUCAGAGAUAUUAUGAAGUCGUUAUCAAUUCCAUGUUUAUUAUGUCAAUGGAAUGGUUUAUACACAGAUUAUGAGGAACAUCUUAAAAGCUUCCACCAAAAUUUAAUGUGUGAACUUUGUGAUGAAAUAUUUGAUUCGACGACGAGACUUGAUGAACACAAACAAAAAGAAUGUACCAAAAUUAUUGUACCUUGUGCACUUAAAGAAUAUGGUUGCUUGGAUUCAGUAAGUUAA